AUGAGGACCGCUGCCAGGAUGAGGGCUCAGCAGGCACUGGUCCAGCCUCCACCUUGGUCCCCACAGGAGCUUGAGCUGGUGGAGAGCCUACUGAAGAGCAGACCAGAGGAGCCCGAGGGCUGCUGGGAGGUGCGCAGUGUGGGGGCCGGGGGCUCACGGAGCAGCUCGGGCCGCCAGGAGCGCAGCCGGCUGCCCUGGGAGGACACAGCUGCCACCGAGGAGGAUGCCUCCAAGUUAACUGCCCUGCGGCUGCGGCUGGAUGAGUCCCAGAAGGUGCUGCUCAAAGAGCGAGAAGAUAAACUGGCACUGAGCAGGAACAUUGAAAAGCUGGAGGGGGAGCUCAGCCAGUGGAAGAUCAAGUAUGAGGAGCUAAGCAAGACCAAGCAGGAGAUGCUCAAACAACUCAGCAUCCUGAAGGAGGCACAUCAGGAUGAACUGGGCCGCAUGUCCGAAGACCUGGAGGACGAGCUGGGUGCACGGUCCAGCAUGGACAGGAAGAUGGCUGAGCUGAGGGGUGAGAUGGAGCGGCUGCAGGCUGAGAAUGCAGCCGAGUGGGGCCGCCGUGAGCGGCUGGAGACAGAGAAGUUGGGCCUCGAGCGGGAGAACAAGAAGCUGCGGGCACAGGUCGGGGACCUGGAGGAGGCACUGGCCCGGCGGCGGCGGCAAACAGCCAGCGCACUGGACUGCGACCUGCGGGCCAGCCAGGCUGCGCUCUUCGAGAAGAACAAGGAGCUUGCAGACCUGAAGCAUGUGCAUGGCAAGCUGAAGAAGCAGUUCCAAGAGAAGGUGGCAGAGUUGGCUCAUGCCAACCGACGGGUAGAGCAGCAUGAGGCAGAGGUAAAGAAGCUGCGGCUUCGGGUGGAGGAGCUCAAGAAGGAGCUGGCCCAGGCUGAGGAUGAGUUGGACGAGGCCCACAACCAGGCGCGGAAGCUGCAGCGGUCGCUGGACGAGCAGACGGAGCAGAGCGAGAACCUGCAAGUGCAGCUGGAGCACCUGCAGUCCAGGCUCCGCAGGCAGCAGCAGAACACCCCCCUCUUCGGGAAGAUCCGCAGUGCUCGCUUUGGCACCGAGGAGGCCGGGGAUGGAGCCAGCGACCUGGACGAGGAUGAGGACCUGCAAAUCCAGGUGGCCUAGAGCCUUACAGGGCUGGGCAACCCUGGCCUGAAGCUGCAGGCCCCCAUGGGCCCAGGCUGGCCAGCUGCCUGUGCUUGCUCUGGGACAGAUCCCACUCCCUGCCACUGACAGAUGACUUCCUUGUCUCCCAAGGAGGGCAUCAACAGUCGCACCCUACCCACGCCCUGUGGAAAGGAAGCCUGUGCCCCGGGGUCCUUGGACCCAUUUGGUUUUAUAAACACAGGACCACUCUAAGGUCCAGUCCAGGCGACCCCACUCCCCCAGGACUUGAUGCAGGGGUGGGCCCUGUUGAGGGAGGGUUAUUGGGGACCCAGCCCCAGGCUGCCUUUUGUGGCCUUGGAGAUCAGGCAGGGGCUGUUCAUAAUACAAUGUGAUGAAUUCAGUCUUUUGUAAUAAAUGAAGUUCAAGUUCUUGAGACAAAAUCCUGACAAUGUGGCAGACAUGGGCAAGGGGGUGUGGGGGACAACAUCAGCCUGCACCUGGCACUGAACCAGAACUUGGAAAUGUCGGGUGACUCAAUAAAUGAUGAAUGGGAGAAAGAAUGAAUGAAUGAA